UAAGCGUUGAUCUCUAAUACUAUGCUAGCAUCAUUUUAGUACUGUUAUACUGCGCAGGCUUGAUUAGACAAUACACUAAAAUUAGAACAUGAAAAUUAUUUGUGCUGGAAUGAGUAAAUGUGGUACAAAAUCCGUCCAUGCGGCAUUGGCAGAAUUAGGAUACAACGUCUACGAUUUCCCAGAAAAUUUCGAUUAUUUUGGCAACGAAUACAAGAGGUUUGAACGUGAAGGUUGGACAGUGGAAGAUUUCCAGAGAAUGUACGAAGACGUCGAAGUUUCCAUUGAUGGACCAUUCUAUUUCUUUUGGGAAGAAGCGAUGGAGGCGUUUCCAGAGGCUAAGGUUAUACUUAUGGUCAGAGAUAAUGAUGAUGCUUGGUUUAAAAGUUGGUCCAAUCACUGCAAGAAAGGUGCUGAGAUGGAUUUUAAAUAUUAUAAUUAUCUGUCCCCAACUUGGAGAAAGUUUUUUACUUUUGCGGUGGACUCAGGACUGCUCUGUUUGGGUGGGCCAAGAUAUAACUUGAGAACGACAAAUUUAAUUCCGUUGGAUUUACCUCAUAAACAAGCCUACAGAAGACACAUCGCACACGUUCUGCACAAAUGUCCAAAAGAAAAACUUCUGCUUUACAAUUGCAAAGAAGGUUGGGUUCCACUUUGUGAAUUUUUGGAUAAACCAAUACCGAACAAACCGUUUCCACACGUUAACGUUAAAGGGGAACUAUUGGACUAUAUAUGGCAGUCUCCGACUUUUAAACAAGUAACAAAAAAACGAUUCUUGCCACUGGUGCUUUGGUCGUAACUAGUAUGUUGACAGGAUUCUUUAUCGGUCGUAAAUAUUUCUAGAUUAUAUAUAUAUACAUUAGUUUAGUGUUAGAGCUGUUUUAGAGGAGUAAAUAAAUUUAUCGUUUGAAUUCAAUAAUAGUAUUAAUUACGUCUUGUGAUCUCCACUCUGCAUUGAAUAACGUAUAUAUCAUUAUCUCUUUCACCAAAACGGAAAUAUCAUUAUCAUGAACAUUUUUGAAAAUUGUUAUUCAACCUACAGGUCUGUAUGAAAUUUCAAUCUGAGUCAACUCUGGAAUAAAUUGUUUUUAACAAUGUCACGAAAUUGAUAGAGCAACUAGAGACGGCAUUAUGCAUGUACAUAUAAAUUGAAAUAACCGUAUAUGCAUUGUUUCAGUGAGGUUCUGUAAUUUGUUUCAGAGGAAGUAGAUUUUGCAGUGGCUUACACUUUUUAGAAAACGGCACUGCCCAACAUGGAUCAAUUUUUGCUACAAACGAAAAUAAAACUUCAAUGUGGUGAUCAGGACAUAUAGCCUACAAAUGUCAAUAUUUGUGUAGUCUGAAAUCCAUAAAACUCGGUAUAUUCUGGAACGAAUCGUUCAAGAAAAAACUGAAACAAUCUUCAAAUGCCCAUUCAAUUCAUUUAUAUAAACGAC